AUGGCUGCCUAUGACGAACAGCUCCCGCCGCUGCCACCAAAGCACACCGACGGGCCCGUCGGCCACCACACCCCAACCUCGCUUGCGCCGAUCGCAAUAGGGCUCAGGCCUCCCGACGACGGCCGCGGCAGCCUCCCCUCCACGCCGAACACCCCGCUCUCGCCUGUCGAUGGCCCGACCAAAAGCAAGAAGGCGAAUCCGCUCGUCGAUCUCAUAGAAACGGAGAGGGUCUACGUCGACCAGCUCACCGGAAUCAUACGGAAAGUCGCGUCAGCAUGGUCCAAAUCCAAUCUACCACCGCCGGAGCUAGAUGCCAUGUUUCGCGGCGUUGAGGGCAUAUUCAAGGCGAAUCGCGGAUUGCUCGCGAAACUUAACGACAUCGGGCCCAACCCAUCCUCGCCGAAAGCACUAGGUGAUCUACUCAUGCGAUGGAUCGAAGACCUCGAGGGACCCUACACCAACUACUGCUCUAAAUUCCGCACCGGAUUCGACCGCUGGUCCUCCCUUGCACCCGCUACCCGCCUUCCCUCCGUGCUCGCUGCCUUUUCCGCCUCCAAUCCGCCUCCUCUUCCACCUGAUUCACCUCCUCAUUACCAUCCUUCCGAGCCGCCCCUUUGGACGCUCGACGCGCUCUUCCUCCUUCCGCGCGGACGGAUAAAGUAUUACCGCAAGCUUUACGGCAGGCUGCUGAAAAGUACCAUGCCUGGACGGAGUGAUCACAAGCUACUUCAGGGAGCGGUGGAGAAGCUAGAUGAACUGCUAGCACUGCUGGAUCAGAGGAUGGAGUUGGAUGUUGCUGCGGUGCAGCAACCCGCUAUGAACCAUAAUCUGGGAGACACAGAGGACGAGGUUGUAAUCGAUAUGAGGGCAAGGGAUUCGACGAGUGUCUCAUCAAAGCAGGGACAAUUCAACGUUGCGAGAUCCUCGGGAGAGACAGCGCAAUCAUACGAUAGAAUGUCCUCUUCGACCAUGAACAUGCCCAUCACCGACCUGGAACGCCGUCUAUCGACAGAACGUUGCUUGGAUAUCUUCACCAUGAAACCCAAGCAAGUUCGCCUGCAAAUAGCUCCUCCCUCUCUGACCUUCAGCCGGGAGAUCCUUGUUUCUGCCGACGUUGCGAUUGAGCUCACACCUCGCUCUACCGGGAUACCAGUCGUCCACCAACAUGGACAUAUCUUCAUUCUCACCGACCUCUUCCUUGUCUGCGAGAGGACGUCUGUUAAUCCCGAUGGCGCCGAUAUGUUUUUACUCUAUCCGCCAUUAGCCGGAAAGCAUCUUCGCACAAGCAAAGUGGCCGAUUCAGAUGCGGCACUCGCUGUGACCAUCAUGAAGAAAGAGACGCUCACGAUUCACGCCGACUCGCGCCGAACUCGGGAUCUACUUCUCAAAGAGUUCGAUGAUUGCAUCAGCUUCGCAGCCAACAUGGCAAAGCCGCCGCCGCCUCCUAUGCCGCCUCUCAGCACGAUUCCCAGGCCUUCCACAUAUGUCGCGACACCUUCUAGUGGCCCUGUGUCAGCCGAACCCUCCGAGCGGUCAUCUGAACGUAGCUUUUCUCCCCCUGGUUCAAGUGUAGGCAGAAUGGCGUCCCCCUCAAGCAGAAUCGCUUCGCCCACUUCGGGUUCAAUGUAUACAGAGGAAAGGAGAUGGAGUCCGCCUCAGCGAUCCACCUCGAGAGGAGCGGAAAUUAUGCAACCACUCGCCAUGCGCCCUGGUCCUCCCCCAAUGUUAGGCAUGAGCGGUCCCCAGCGAAGUCCCAUGUCCCCUGAAGGCCGAGCUCCCGGUAUGAGCCCUCUAAACGCCCCGCCAUCAGGAGCUCCUAUAGGCGACACGAAUGAGCGGCCAAGUUUGCCACGGAACUCUAGCGAGGCUUUCGGCGGGGGUGUUCCUGGCAUGGAAAGGGCGGAGUCACUGGGUGGUGGACGGCCAAGCCCAUCGGCACAAAUGGGAGGUCCUCCCCCGCCACCGAAGGGUUUUGGUCCUGGGCAGAUCAUACCUGGUGGACCGGGGUCGAUGGGACCUAAUGGCCCCAUUCCAGUUCCUGGUCAAGGUCCUAUAGGACCCGGCUCUUUCAUCCCACCUCCACGCAGUACAAGCGCAGGAGCAGGACCGUAUGGCCCUGGAAGACCCCCACCGGGCGCCGCGCUGCCCUUCAUUCCGGGAGGCCCGCCGGGGCCCAUACCGGCCGGACCUUCCUCGCAGCAGAUGGGAGUGCCUCCACCUCGUCCUGGGCCCAAUAUGAUGAUCCCCGGACCCGGUGCUAGAUCGGGUCCACCGUACGGUCCUGGUCCCGGACCCGGGCCGAAUGGCGUAUCGUACCCUGGUCCUGGAAGCUCCAACGGACAAAAUUUGCUUCGGAAAUCGAGUUCUUCGAGCGCGUUGGCCUCCCAGUUCGAGCGAAACGCUCUCAACGCUCCUCGCCCGCCCAUACCAGUCAUCCCUCCAGCCAGUUUCCCGACAAAUCCUAGCCUCGCUGAAUCCGUUGGGUCUUUGCCUCCGCCAUCGCGCCCCCUCCUUCCUUCCGCCAACAACGCUCGAGCGGCAUCGAUGGCCGGUAGCGGCGGAGCUUCUAGUUCAUACGAGGACGAACUCAGCCCGCCUGCAUCCCCGGUCCUGCAAGCUGCGCAGGGUCCUACGACAUCCGCCAUCACCGCGCAGAUGAAGUGCAAGGUCUUCUUACAGCAGCAGCACGCCCAAUGGAAGUCCCUAGGCUCAGCCAAGCUAAAGCUUUACCAUGAAAGUCCCACGAAUGUGAAGCAACUCGUCGUCGAGGCGGAGGACAAGAAACGCUCGACACUUAUUUCCACUAUUGUACUCACAGAUGGGGUUGAAAGGGUUGGCAAGACGGGCGUCGCGGUGGAGCUGAGCGAUAACGGGCAGCGAACGGGCAUCGUCUACAUGUUACAACUGCGGAACGAAAGCAGUGCAGGGGGAUUGUUCGACAGUCUCCUCGCGGGUUCAGAUAGGGCUCAUCAAUGACGGCUGUAAAUGGGACAAAAGCUUGGUUUUUUUUCCUUUGCAUGCACAAUAUUCACUUGGUACUUUAGCAUUCGUUUAUUGGGUAGUAGAAGAUAUGCCGACUACUAACCGCUCUCUCCUACGCCGCCGCACUCAUGUACUCCUGAUUGUCGAGACGAACAGUAGACAAUCUAACGAUUUUCAAUCUACC